CCGGUUACAUCACGAAAAUUUUAGUAUCACGGUGACCGUAGAAGCUGGUGUGUCUGUCGUCUUCUAAAGAAGUCUGCUUCUUACUGUUGUGGUUGUUAUUGUUGUGACGACCCUGUGUAUGUGUCUAUAGAUAUACACACGUAAGCGCGUGUGUGUACGUGUUACAUAAUGGAAUUACAUGUUACCGUUGCUGUUAUAGGGAGACGGGACCACUGCCACCAAAAAUAACAACACCACGAUCUCGACUGUUACCACCUCUAACUUCAGUAACAACUUCACCCGGUAUAACUGAGGUAUUCUAAUCUUUCAUUCUAUUAGAUUUUGGUAAAUUUGGUAUCAACAGGAACAAAUUCUUCAAGCAUCAUGUCUCGUUCUGUGUUGUUGUUACUUACUUCACCGAUUCCAAAGUUGAAAUCAAAGGUACAUGCAAUCUUGCAGGCAACUAAACAAUAUGCAAAGAACUCGCUCUAUAUCCAACUUCAGCCAAUGCAAAAGCCUUCAACACCCAGUUCUGCUGCAGUGUUUAAGCUGCAGCAUGUCGCACCAACAGAAGAUGCCUUCCACCUGAUGCAACAAUUCUAUCAGACCAAUGCUGCUUUAUUCAAACAAAUAGAUCUUCGGAUCAUCUUAGAUUCUUUUGGUGCUGCCCCCGUACCUGAUCCUGUGGUUACAAAAACUACAACUUCAUCAUCUGGGCAAGACCAAACUUACCAGUCUUUGAGGAACUUUGACAUCAUACUGCAUGAUUUUAUUACGUCUGACGCCAACCACAAAAACAGAUUCUUGCAUGAUGUUGCACAUUGUUUUCCCAAGUGUGAUCUGGGUCAAAAUUUUGAGAACAUUGUGCCUCUUCCCUUACCCCAAACGCCAUUGAACGAUGAUGCCUCACCGAGAACAACUGAAGACACUUCAGGAGUAGCCUCAGUGGUAAUGACCACAUAUGACCAUGUCGUGCUGGGUGGAACCUUCGACCGGUUGCAUGCAGGACACAAAGUGUUGCUCACCCAGGCGUGUCUCCUCUCGUCCCGUGCUGUCAUGAUUGGAGUAACAGAUGACAACUUUGCUGCAAGGAAGGUCCUCAGUGAACUACUUGAGCCACUAGAAAUGCGGAUGAACUCUGUCCGGGAUUUCAUUGAGGAUGUCAAGCCUGGCAUCAAAGUGGAGUUAGUGCCCCUGCAAGACAUGUAUGGACCAACUAUCACCGAUGCAACAAUGGACUGUCUGGUGGUUACCAAGGAGACGAGUAAAGGGGCUACAAUGAUAAACACAGAACGGUCAAAAAGGGGUCUCCCUCCUUUGGAAGUUCGCGUCAUUGAUUUACUGGACGAGGAAGCAAACACAGACUACCAAGGCCUUCUAGAACCAAAGAUCAGUUCAUCAAAUGAACGUAAAUUGUUACUGGGAACAUUGAUAAAGGAACCUGACUUUUCUACAAAACCAAUUGCAAAUUGGCCAUACUGUAUUGGUUUGACCGGUGGCAUUGCAAGUGGCAAAUCAUCUGUGUGCAAGCACCUGCAGAAUCUUGGUGCAGCUGUUGUGGACUGUGAUAAAUUAGGUCACCAAGUGUACAUCAAAGAUACUCCUGUCUAUCAUCAAAUUGUGGAAUAUUUUGGUAAGGAAAUUCUGGCAUCAAAUGGAGAAAUCCAGCGGUCUUCAUUGGGGAAGAUUGUCUUCUCAGAUAAGAGUAAACUGCAUCAACUUAACAGUAUGGUUUGGCCUGCCAUAGGAGCUGCUGUCAAAGAGGAAAUUGCCAAAUUUGCAAAAGAAGGUAAAGAUAUUGUUGUCAUUGAAGCUGCUGUCUUAUUGGAAGCCAAGUGGACCCACAUGGUGCAUGAAACUUGGGUGGCCAUUAUUCCAAAAAAUGAGGCUGUGAAACGGAUCAUGGAAAGAAACAAGAUGAGUAAGGAAGAUGCAGAGGCAAGGAUCGACAGUCAGUUAUCGAAUAAAGAAAGAGUCGAAGCAGCCAAUGUGGUUCUGUGUACACAGUGGGAUUACGAAAUAACACAGCAACAAGUUGAGAAAGCUUGGAAACUGUUACAAGGCCGAUUAUUGCCGAAGGAGUGAGGCGGAUGUUUGUUUAUAUUUUAAGGAAUAAAUUUAAAAUCAUGUAUUACUG